AUGACCAUGCGCGCCAUACAGGUGAAAUCAUGGACCGAAGGCCCGCAAGAGUUGACCUCUGACAAGCCACCCACGCCAUCUCCAUCUCAAAUCCAGCUCCGCAUGCAGGCGGCCGGCCUCCACCAGGUCGUGCGUUCGAGGGCAUCGGGAAAACACUACUCGGCCUCGAUGCUGCCGCACACUGUCGGCAUCGACGGUGUGGGUCUUGACGAGGCCACAGGCACGAGCUACUACAUCAUGGGGAUGGCGCCUGACUUUGGAACGUUUGUCGACUAUGUCAACGUCGAGAAGAAGGCGGCCGUGCCCGUGCCUGAAGGUGUCGACCCGGCUGCCCUCGCAGCGAGCGUCAACCCCGGCAUGAGCUCAUGGUUGGCCCUGACCACCCGCUGCACCGAUCUGCCGCCCAACUUCACGGUGCUGAUCCUCGGCGCCACCACCGCCAGCGGCGAACUGGCAGCGUCUCUGUCGAGGAAGCUGGGUGCCAACAGCGUUAUCGGGGUUGCGCGCAACGUGGAGGCGAUGAAGAAGAUCGACAGCCUGGACCGCUGGAUCGAGCUCAAGCCGGGCGUGGAAACCGACUAUUCGGGGUUGGAAAAGGUCGACGUGGUACUGGACUACGUCUACGGCGACGCGACCGUCCACCUGCUCUCCAGCAUUCCUCAGGGGAGACCGGUGCAGUACGUCCAAAUUGGUAGCAUGUCAGGUCAAGACGCCAUCGCACUGCCCUCGGCUGUCCUUCGGUCCAAGAACCUGACCGUGCGUGGCUCAGGUCCGGGCGCGUGGACGAUUGCCGAGCUUGGACAGCAGAUGCCAAAGCUCAUCGAGGCACUGGCAGGGUUGACACUAAAGCAACCUCAGAAGUUCCCGCUGGACCAGUUUUCAAAGGUUUGGCCGGAUAGUGAGCUUGCAAAGAAGGGCAGAGUGGUCUUUACCAUGUAA